AAAUUUUUGAUAUGAUUCUUCCCCAUCACAUAUAAAUCUCUUCACUUUUCCCACCAUACACACAUCCUCUGUUCUGAAAUGGGUACCUCUUCUUGCACAGCCACCUCCCUCCAUGGCUUCUACCACUUCCUCUCCCACCAGCUCGACGACCUUGAUCAUGCCUUCCUCUCCUCCGACUUCAUGUCCCUUCACUUUCUCCACAAGGUCCUCUCUCUUCUCAGAGCUCUCCACUCCCACCUUAUUCAGCUCGGCCACCGCCUCCACCUCCCCGUUGGAGGCAAGUGGCUCGACGAGUACAUGGACGACAGCUCCCGUCUCUGGGAUGCUUGUCAAGUCCUCAAAUCCGGCAUCUCAAGGAUUGAGCUUUACCAUUCUGAAGCUUCUGCCAUAGCUUCUUCUUUGCAGGAUCCUCACCUUCUUCGUUUCAAUCAUCGCGCUUCUCAAAGGGUUCUUCGUGCAAUUUAUGAUUUGGAGAGGAAUGGUUUUGUGUUAGAGGAGGAGAAUAGAAUCUUGAUGAAUACACGAAUUCAGCCAUUGUCACUGCUUUGUUUCAACGACAACAGUGCAUUGACAGGAAUGGGAUCGACGUCGAAGUCAAAUGCGUUCAAUGGAUUCAGAGGCGUUCUUCAUGCAGUAAAGAGUAUCAGUUCAUUGCUUCUAAUGAUUUUACUCUGUUCUCUCGUGUAUUGUUGGCCAGAAUCCAGCUUCCAUGCGAAUGAUGGGAUUGAAAAUGAAGAUGAUCACCAUCAAAGAACCAUGUUCAGCUCAAGCUUUGUAGCUUCAAUGGCGAGAUUGAGGCAGAGAGUGGCAAAUGAGAUAGACAGAGUAGAAGGGCAGCCAGUGGGGAUCCUGCUGUUUGAGUUCAGAGAAGCAAAGGCAGCCAUGGAUGACCUGAAAACAGAGCUCGAGAAGGCAUUGGAAGAAGAAGAAGAAGAAGAAGAUGAAAUUGAAGAGAAAGCAGAGAAGUUGAAGAGUUGGAAUGGGGCGUUGAGAAGUGGGGUGGACGCCAUUGUUGGAGAGCUUGAUGAUUUCUUCGAUGAAAUUGUUGAGGGAAGAAAGAAGCUUUUAGACAUUUGCACUUAUAACAGGUAGAGAGAGAAAGAACAGCAUCUGGGUAUGUUUCAAGAUGCAAACUUUAACAAGAAUGUAUUGAAAUUUUUGGAAAAAAAGAGAGUAAUUGAAGCAGAACUGUUUAUUUUCAUUAA